AUGCAAAAUCUGACAGUCUUGGUUUUGUCCAAUUUAUUCUUCCAACAUGUUGAAGAAGUAUUCAUAGAAGAAUUAUUAUUAGCCCAUGAAGUUCUUCCUGAAGAUGAAUUAUUUGAUUUGGUGAACAAAAUUGAAAAUGGAUUAGCAAAGGCAUCAGAAACAUUUAAAAAAUGGAUUUUAGGAAGUAGUAAUGAUUCAGAAUUUGCUCAUGCCAUAUUUCAUGUGUUAUUUUCUGCUUCCUAUAAUGUAGAAAUAAAUUUGCAUGAGAAAAAUUAUAUUGAACUUCUUGAGAGGGAUAAAUUGAAAGGUAUCAACCAAUCUUUUGGUUUGUUGGAAACUUUGCAGGAACAAGAUUUUUUAGAUGAAUUUCAGAGUUUUUCUGCACCUGUAGCUUCAGACCUCCACAAAUUUACACUUCU